AUGGUACCUUCAGCGAACUUGCUUGGCUUUGCGGGCGGCGAGCUAGCCAAAAAGCUGCCCAAAGUAUUUGGCGUCCUGCUGGAGACGUUUCUCAGUUCUGUCGUGGAAAUAGUCCUUUUCAUGGUCUUGAUCCACAAGGACAAGGGAGGCAAUCUGAUCCCUGUCAUCCAAGCCGCCAUUCUAGGCUCGAUCCUGGCAAACCUCCUUCUCUGCUUAGGCCUAUGCUUUUUCUUUGGAGGCAUUGGGCGAGAAGAUCAAUCAUUCCAUGAGGCCGUCAGCGAAGUGGGCUCAGGACUUCUUCUAGUGGCAGGGUUCGGCCUUCUGAUCCCGAGUGCUUUCUAUGCGACUUUAAAAAGCAAUGCAUCGCAUACACAUGUACAAAUCUCGACACAAACACUGAAUCAGUCUACACUGAUUAUCAGUAGAGCCACAGCCGUCAUACUCCUAGUGGCUUUCAUCAUGUAUCUGUUCUACAACCUCCACAGCCAUCAUAGCAUAUUCGACGAAGUCCUUGAAUUCGAUGAGCAUCUGGAUGAAGAUCGUGAACAGGAAAUGAAGCGCGCAAAGCUUACGUUGAUUGAGUGCUUUGUGGCUAUUGCAAUAUCUCUCGCAUGCGUCUGCAUGUCGGCCGUCUUCCUGGUGGAAGAAAUAGAGGAUAUUGUGAAUGAGAGAGGUGUAUCUGACAAUUUUAUGGGCCUUAUUCUUGUGCCACUUGUUGAGAAGGCAGCAGAGCACUUGACUGCUAUUGAUGAAGCUUGGGACAAUCAGAUCAAUUUUGCACUCUUUCAUUGCCUGGGUCCCUCGAUCCAGACUGCGCUGUUGAACGCGCCGCUCGCAGUCAUUGUCGGCUGGGGUAUUGACAAGGAUAUGGGUCUGAAUUUCGAGAUCUUUAUGAUUGUUUUGGUCGUUUUGUCCAUCCUAGUUGUUGGAAACUUUCUUCGAGAUGGAAAGUCCAACUAUCUGGAAGGAGGGCUCUGCGUUCUGGUCUAUGUUAUUAUCGCCGUCACUACAUGGUACUACCCUCAGAUUGUAGCGGAGGGUGAGUCUGAGGCCAAUCAUUCAAUGGACCCAUCAUCGACCAUUAUCUCCGCUCUCAAAGAUCGCGAACUCUCGAUUAAUCGCGAUCAAAUCAAGUCCGCCCUCGUUGAGAGGAUAGAAGGUACUGAGCUUGCAAAAUGGCUGACGGAGCAUCUCAGUACCGACACACUGUUGUCGCAAGAGGAGCUCAUACUGUAUUUCCAAUCCCGCUUCACAACGGACCUUUCCCAGUCACUGAUUGCUUUGGUUACUAUUAGGUACUCGAAGCUUGAAGAGUCCGGUGCCUUGCAGAGCCUUCUCACCAAUCCUAAUCUCAAAGCAACUCGCCCGCUUGUGGAUGAUGACCUUCGACGCGCGAUUGAAACACUAAACGCCUCCACGGCUGCAAUACAAAGACAGACCAAAACACUAGCAUCGCAGUACGAGAGCUUAAACGGAUCUAUCACCUCGGAUGACGAACUGGGGCUCAGACAAAAUCGGGACAAUGCACGAUUGCGCCAGAAGCAUACUGACUUGGCUCACGCAUUGGAAUCAGAGUUGAGAGGCGUAUCUGAGCAAGCUUCAGCAGACGCCAAGAGGAUACUCUCGUCUCUGACAGCUCGAUUUAAGGAAGAUGAUAGGUUGAUCGCGAACCUGGAGAGGCUGGCAUCCGGGAUAGAAACGAGUCAACAAGAUGAGAACAGUGCAAAGAUAGCUUUGGAGAGAUGUACUGCCCUUGCUCAAUGCCUUGCCGAUGAGAUCAGGUGUCGACUGGAUCGGUUAUAUCUGGAAUCGAUACAGGCAGGACCAACGAUAGCGCGAACUGAGCCAGCACCCGCUGAAAAUGAGCCGUUGGCUGCGCUGGAGGAAGAACUUGAAUCCCUCUACCCCGAAAUCGAAAUACUAGCUGAGAUGUCCACGAGACAACAGUUCGCCGAACCUAUAAUAGGCGAGUUAAGCAGUCACCACGAGGAGCUGCAGAAUGCCUCACAUGAAACGCUGGACUAUGUUUUGGACGUAGUAUCGGAGAUGACAUCGUCUACAAAUGGCCUUGUCAAGUGUCUGCAGGACAGGGAGUCUUACUGUGGGACUCUGGAAGCUAUCGCUGCUGCGCACCGAUCAGAGAUUGGCGAUAUCUUCUUGGGCCCGCCUGUUAACAGGAGAGAGUCUUUGAGGCGUUCCUCUGUACAGCCCGUUUCGGGUUUUACUUCAGCACAAAAAGACAAUCGGCUCCAUGAAUCUCAAUCACUAGCGAAAGUGUUACGCCGAGUAGGAUUAUCUUUGGAUUCAGUGCUCCAUGCAGACGAAGCCAGUGAAUACGCAGAUAAUCUAAAGGAGAAGCGAUAUCAGUUGACUGAGAGCCUAAAUGACCAUGGUAUUGCCGCAGACUCGCCGCUCAUGGCUGAGUUACUCCCGACAGACCGGGCGAUCCAGCUUCUCUCCACUUCCUUGCACGCCGAUUCUGAAUUCGAGACCUCACUUGCGAAUAUGGACCACCAGAGGAAGCUCUCUAAUCUCGAAGACGAUUUGAAGAGUGUUCAGAAGGGGCUUGAGGGACUCGACAUGAGCGUGGUUCAUAGAAGAGAUAGAGGGCAGGAGAAAUUUGUGGAGAUGUGGAGUUCGAAGGCCGUGGACGACUGA